AUGCCUGGAUUCCAGAUUUUCAUCGUGACUCUAGGAGAUUUCGACAGAUCGACUUUGUUUGACACUCAUUCCAUUCAGAUUCAAGCCUCAGCCAUCAUUCAUCCUCAGUAUAACUCCAGUAACCGCAAUAACGACAUCGCACUUCUGAAGCUCCAAACCCCGGUGGAUUUCAACGCCUUCCCACACAUCCGUCCCGUAUGUCUCUCUUCCAAUGCCAUCCCCACACCUGGACAAACGGUCACUAUCGUCGGGUGGAGUAGUAUUAGUGUCCCCAAUGCACCUCCUGAGAACGUGCUGAAAGAGUCUACAAUGAAAGUGGUCAGUCAGACGAAUUGCAAGGUCUCUUACCCGGUCCAAGCCUCGAACAACACCGUCUGUGUUCAGCCUAAUGAUAAAAUCUCCUGCAGAGGUGACUUCGGAGGACCGCUGUCGUACCAGACUCCAUCCGGAUACUACCAGGAAGUCGGCAUCAUCUCGUACAAGAAUGGGGAGUGUCUUCCGAACUCGGGAAUCGUAGCCACCAAGGCAGCCGAUUACGUGGACAACUUCAUCAAGAGCAACACCCAGGACGGCCAAUGGUGCCCGGCGCCUUGAGACAUCCUUCCAGGCUGCCGAGAGUGUCUGCAUGCCCUCCCGACCUUCAGCUCGAAUGUCUCCACACGCCCCUCUGGAUUGUUUCUUUCCUUGGAGACGACACAACUUCCGCGUGCUCAAUUCGAAUGACUCGCGGGAUAAUCCUAGUACAACGA